GGCACACAAACCGGGGCAAUUCCCAUGUUGCCCAUCUUGGAGUAAAAUAAUUUGUUUCCGGAGGAAAAAUAAUCACAGAAUUGGCUCUAUAAAUUGACAGCCAACGGUCAACUUCUCAUAUCCAUAGAUAAUAAAAUAGAAAAAGACUAGAAAUGAAGAUCUCUAAAACCUCAUCGUUAGUGAUGACUCUUCUUUCAAUCAUGUUAUGUUUCUUGCGAGCCAAGUCACAAGGAGUUUACUGCAGCAACCCUUACCAACUAUGUUUCCAGAAGUACAUACUGUGUCCUGCAGAGUGCCCCAGCACCGGUGCCGCCGCCACUAAUAACAAAGUCUGUUAUGUAGACUGUCGUAACAUUCUAUGCACCUCCGAGUGUCGCAGGGCGAGUCUAAAUUGCAAUAGACCUGGACCGGCUUGUAACGACCCGAGGUUAAUAGCUGGUGAUGAGAAUGUGGUCUAUUUCUACGGAAAGAGCAAAGAACAUUUUAGCCUUGUCUCGGACCCUGACCUUCAGAUCAAUGCUAGGUUCACUGGCCACAGGCCAGCUGGUCGUUCUAGAGACUUCACUUGGGUUCAAGCUCUAGGGUUCCUCUUCAACUCUCAAAAGUUUUCCCUUGAGGCCACCAAAGUAGCCACUUGGGACGACAGCAUCGACCAUCUCAGAUUCUCUUUCGAUGGCCAGGAUUUAAUUAUCCCCGAGGAAAUUCUCUCCACAUGGUACUCGCCCAAAAAGGACAUCAAGAUUCGGAGAGCGACAAAGAUGAACAGCGUGACCGUAACAAUCAAAGACAAGGCAGAGAUUAUGGUCAAUGUGGUUCCUGUGACUAAAAAAGACGAUAGGAUCCAAAGCUACAAAGUGCCUUCGGAUGACUGUUUGGCACAUCUAGAGGUUCAGUUCAGGUUUCUUAACCUAUCCCCAAGAGUCGAUGGAAUCUUGGGAUGCACUUCUAGGCCUGGUUUCCAAAAUCAGGCUAAGUCUGGAGCUGCAAUGCCAGUGGUUGGUGGUGAGGAUAAGUUCAGAACAUCUUCUCUACUCUCUCAUGACUGUAGGACUUGCAUUUUUACUGGUCUAAGCAGUUCAAUCAAGUGGGAGACUGGACACGCAGUAUUGGAUUUGGAUUGCACUCGUGGGGCAUCUUCCGGAUACGGAAUCAUUUGCAGAAGCAGGAAGUGAUUUUGUACGAAAGACCGAUCUCCUAAUUAACUUAUCGUGUAUAAGCAAAACAAAUGGAGAUCUUACCUAUGAUAAACUGAUUUCUAAUAUCUUAAUUUAU